AGCGGAAGCGCGGGUGUGCUGGUUUCAAGGGAGAAAAGCAGCGGCGGGAAAAGAUGGCCGGCGGUGGUGAGAGCGGUCCUUUCCGUUUCCGCCCCGCCGUGAUCCGCUACCCGGCGGACCAUCCUUUCUUCGAGGACGGCGACGUCCACCGGCAUAUGUACCUCCAAGGUCUCCUGGAGAACGUCACAACGGACACGGAAAGGCCCAGAACCUCUGAAUUUUCUUGCCAAAUUGGUGGAUGCAGCCAGGUUUUCAAUACCUUGGAGAGCUAUGAGCAUCAUUACAACAUGCUGCACAGGAAUGUGUGUUCUUCUUGCAAGCGAUCCUUCCCUUCAACACAUUUGUUAGAUGUUCACAUUUUGGAGUGGCAUGAUUCCCUCUUCCAGAUAAUGGCAGAGAAGCAGAAUAUGUACCAGUGUUUGGUAGAGAGCUGUCCAGAGAAAUUCAAGAGCAGCAAAAAUCGCAAGGAUCACUUAAUCACAGUUCAUCAGUAUCCAUCUGAUUUUCGUUUUAAUAAAUCCCUGAAAGCACAAAGGAAAGAGAAAAUGAGGCCUUCAUCAAAAGAAAGCAAUGUGCCAAUGGAUACGAAUAUGGAAGACUCAGAACAAUCACAUGCUGAGGUCAUGGAAAUGGAUCCAGAUGAGCGUAUAAUGGAAAGUGACUUUCAGUCUGAGACAGAGUGUACUGUGGACCCCCCAGCAUUUGGAAAACGGCUCUAUAGAUCAAGAAUCCCGCCGACUAUUUGUUUUGGGCAAGGGGCUACCCGUGUGUUCAAAGGCCAGAAAAAGAAAAGCUGAAUAUGACAACCAGGAGGAAUUUCAUCUGCAGAAAAGGGCCUUAAAACUAGAGCAAAGUUCCGGCUUCAUUUACUAGGAAGUCAGGGAAACAAACAGAGGCAAAGCUAGUUAAAUAUUGGAACUGAUUCCUGCCCUUCCCAAUGGAGGUAUUUUAGUAGGAGCUGCAAAAUGCUGCUUCUGACCUGGUUGUUGUAGUCCAACUCCAUUUAAAGUUUCAGAAAUAAAGGUAAAGGGGGAUGGUGCUCAGCUUCGUUUCCUAGUUGAGGGAGCCAGCAUUGUCCAAAGAUGCUUCCAUGGUCAUGCUUCACCAUGGUGCAUGGAACUUUGUUACCUUCCCACCAAAGUGGUAACCUAUCUACUCGCAUAUGCAUGCUUUCGAACAGCUAUGUUGGCAGAAACCAGGGGAAGAAUAACCACUAGGCCGCUAUCUCUCCUAUAUGUCAAAAAUAGCCCAGGUCUGUUUCUAGAACAUUUCAAAUUAUAGGAUGUGGAACUGUUACAAUAAUAAAACAGCAUCUCUGCUUUGGUACAACUAUCCUGAUCUUUACACCAACCUUGUAAAGUAGGCUGUCGUGUUACUAAAUAUCAGACAAUAUCAGACAAUUCAAGAGAUACAGAUGUGUUGGGAGUUGUUGGGUUCAGAUAUAAUUCUGUUGUGCCUGAAUGGGUAUAAGCUUACUUGAAAUGCUUCUAAGAAGUUAAUUUGCAUUGUUUUUGAGAAUUACUUCUGACUAUGUUGCUGCAAGGUUGUCUUUUUGUUUAUUCUUUAUUUUAUUUAUUUAUGUAUAUUCUGCCUUUUUAUGUUUACAAAUAAUUGAAG